UCGUUUGUUAAACUAUUCCAUUCGUAAAUAGUUAUAUAUAGUUGUUGAAUUGAAUUUAGUAAAUCACAUUUUUAUUAUUCAGAAAAAUUCAACAUUCCUAUAUUCAUUGCAGAUAAUGAGUGUUACAGUUUUCGAUUGAGAAUAUAUAUAUUCAAAGCAGCUGAACCUCAUUUUAAUAAUUAAUAUUGAAAUAUAUAAUUCUAACUCAUGGACCAUCCAUCAUCAUCAUCAUCAUCAUCUUGGUUUGUGAAUCGUGUAGGUAACGGAGGGAAUGAAGCUAACGUUAUGGAUGUUGGCACAUUUUUUUCGUUAACAAAUUCAUCAUUGAUUCAACAAAACAAUGAUAAUAACGGAUCAGAUCAACAACAUAACUUAAAUCCACAAAAUCAGACAACGACAAUCAGUUCUGUUGCGUUCAUUGAACAUCUUCAACAAUCCUUACAACAGGAACAGGCUCGACGAAUAGAAGUGGAAAAAGAAUUGACUUCUUUGAAACAAAAAUAUACCGAAUUGCAACUACAAAUUUCCGAAGCAAAAACCUUACAGGGGAAUAGCUUAUCAAUGCAACAUAAUCAUCUUGAAUCGAUCAAAAAACGAUUAAUCAAUACGUUAAAUAUGACCAUCGACAACAGCAAUCAAAGUUGUAAACUUACAACCGAUCAGUCACAGUUGAAACGUCAAAUCGAAUAUAUACAUGAAUGUGAUGAAUGUCAAUUCAAAACUAAAUCAAAUGUUUCGCUUAUAUUGCAUAAAAUGAACCAUCAAAUUACUGAUCAGCAUUAUAUGUUAUCUACGGCAUUUUUUACGACAAGAAAUUCUAAUUCAAAAUCUAUUUACAAAUGUUCGGCCUGUGAUACCGACACAUUGACCCGUCAUCAAGUAUAUCGUCAUAUCUAUGAUUUACAUACUACGGAAAAACCAUUGAGCUGUCCAUAUUGUGAGUUUAGUUUCACACAUAAAGACUACCUCGAGCAACAUAUUCCGGCAAAACAUGAAAAAACAUUCAUGUCUUUAUCAUCGUCAUCAUCAAAAUCAGCUCAAAUCAAUCAUCAUAGUGAUGGUCUCACUCAUACCAAUUCAAAUUCACAUUUAAGCAGUAAUAAUAAUAGCCAACCACUGACAACAACAAUCGCCAAAGUGGAUUCUUCAUUAUCAUCGCCGUUAUCUGAAAUGCAAUCAUCAAAUCGAAGCAGAAAUAGACGUCAACAAACAACGUCGGCAAAAAAUAUUCCGCAAAUCGAUUUAAAAUGUACAUUUCCUGAUUGUAAUUUCGUAACAAUAUUCCACGAUAAAUUGGAUUUUCAUAUGAAAGCACAUCUAAUGACAAAGUAUAAAUGCCCAUAUUGUCCAUACGUGUCAAAUACGAUCAUUGAUAUUAAACGGCACAUUCAAAAGAGCAAAAAACACGAAGGAAUGAAAAUGUAUUCAUGUCAAAAAUGUUCAUUUGCUGCUGAUUGUGAUCGACAAUUCAAGGAGCACUUGCGUGCUUAUCAUUUUGGCUAUGAAUCAAAUGACGAUGUCAUAGAUUAUUUUAUCGAAGAAAUGUUCUCGAACAAGAACAAACAACGUGCCAGUAAUGAUGAUCGCGAAAGUAUCAACAACAGAACGACCAACAGUAAUGAUACAGCUGAAACGGUAAUCAUCAAUUCGAUAACUAUGGGCACUAACAACAAUAACGUUGGCCAACAACCAUCGAAUGAUGCAUCAUUAAAUCCUCCACCUGCCAAAAAAUUAGCCGGAAUAAACGAUCAUCAAAGUCUUGUAACUGCCAACAACAACAUUACGAAUCAAAAUCAGCCACAAUCUCUGAACAUUCAAAUUGCAAGGGAUGAUAGAGAUGUUGGACAAAAUAGUCAAACCUUUUACAAUUUGGAAUUGACAACCGCUGCAGCCGCCGUCUCUUCUUCAAAUGUACCAUUAUUGUUUACGUCUAGUAGUGGUGAUACUGGUGGUAAUCAACGAUUAUCAAACACAAUUAAAUCAAUACCAUUGUCUGCUGUGACGAUCGUACCGCAACAACAUGGUCAUGAACAACAUCAACAUCACCAACUUCAUGGCCAACAAACACAGACGGCAACCAUUUUGUCCGUUCCUUCAGAUGCUAAUUUGAAUCACUUAUUAAAUCACCAUGCAACAUUGAUCAGUGUUGAAGAACCACCAGCAUCAAAUAAUAAUCGUGACCACCAUCAACAAUCAACGAAUUCUUCGCAACAAAAUGGAGGACAAGAUUCUAGUUUAACGACAUCUAUUCAGCAGCAACAACAAAUACCAGUAACGAUAACCCAAUAUCUUAGUUAUGCAAACUAUUAAUUUCUCAAAAAGAAUUUUCUUUUUAUGUUUAAUGACAUUUUGUUUAUAUAUUAUUAUAUAUAUUAUUUUCAUUACUUUUACU